CUCUUCCAUUGAUUUGGUUCGGUCGAGCAGAGCACCCUUUAUCAGGCCUGCAUCUUUCAAGCCCAAAACCACUCUCCAUAGCAACAUCGAAGGCUAUAUGUUAUGGAGAUUACUUCCACUUUCAUGCAUGUUCUGCUACUUUUCUAUACUCUCUUAUCAUAUAUUUUUUCAAAGAAACAAAAGAGGAAGCCAAAACAGAAGGCUAAGCUUCCCCCGGGAUCAAUGGGGUGGCCCUAUAUGGGAGAGACUCUCCAACUCUACUCUCAAGACCCCAGUGACUUCUUCGCCAAAAGGCAAAGAAGAUAUGGAGAUGUAUUCAAAACGAACAUACUUGGCUGCCCUAGUGUCAUGCUGGCUAGCCCUGAGGGUGUAAGGUUUGUACUGGUGACACAGGCUCACUUGUUCAAGCCUACAUAUCCCAAAAGUAAAGAGAAGAUGAUCGGCCCUUCUGCACUAUUUUUUCAUGAAGGAGAUUACCAUACUCACCUGAGGAAGCUGGUUCAAAGCUCGUUAUCACCUGAAGCAUUAAGAAGAUUGAUUCCCGGUAUAGAAGCCAUAGCCAUUUCUGCCUUGGAGUCAUGGGCAAGCAAGCAGGUCAUCAACACCUUCCAUGAGAUGAAAGAGUUUGCAUUUGAAGUCGGCAUUCUCUCUGUGUUUGGUUAUUUGGAUGGGAAAUACAGGGAGGAGCUGAAGGAGAACUACUGCAUAGUAGAUAAGGGUUACAAUUCUUUCCCAACUAACUUACCAGGAACUGCAUAUCACAAAGCAAUCUUGGCAAGGAACAGGAUUGGUCAGAUACUAAGUGAGAUAAUCUGCGAGAGGAAGGAGAAAAAACAACUGGAGAAGGAUCUUUUGGGUCACUUGCUGAACUUUAAGGAUGAAAAAGGCCAGACUUUAACAGAGGAUCAAAUUGCUGAUAACAUUAUUGGUGUUCUAUUUGCCGCACAAGAUACAACUGCUAGUGUCCUAACAUGGAUUCUGAAAUACCUCCAUGAUGACCAGAAACUUUUGGAGGCUGUUAAGGCAGAGCAAAAGGCGAUAUAUGAAUUAAAUGAUGAGGGGAAAAGGCCCUUGACAUGGGCACAGACUAGAAAUAUGCCACUUACAUAUAAAGUCAUAUUGGAGAGCAUGAGGACGGCAAGCAUCAUAUCUUUCACCUUCAGAGAAGCAGUGGUUGAUGUAGAAUAUAAAGGAUACCUAAUUCCAAAAGGUUGGAAGGUCAUGCCGUUGUUCAGGAACAUUCACCACAACCCUGAAUUCUUCCCUGAUCCCAAACAUUUCGACCCAUCAAGAUUUGACGUUGCUCCAAAACCAAAUACUUUUAUGCCAUUUGGCAAUGGAGUGCAUGCUUGUCCAGGGAAUGAGCUUGCCAAACUGGAGAUGCUUGUUUUAAUCCAGCAUCUGGUUACCAAGUCCAGAUGGGAAGUGGUGGAAUCACAAAACGGAAUUGAGUAUGGCCCAUUCCCGGUGCCUCUGCAAGGCCUACCAGCCAAGUUUUGGAGAGAAUCAAGCACCCAAGAAGAAUGAAUUUAGCAGAAGUUAUAUUGGCUAAAGAGAAAUGAAAUUCUAAAUUCAAUCUUUAUGAGGAAGAACAUGACCCUUCCGUUGAUCUAAUGUUUUUUAUAUCUAAUCCUAUUGUAAGCCUAGCACUCUCUAUUCCGUGUAUCUGAUAUCAGAAUUUGUAUAACUUGAAACUAGAAUUAUGAACAAUGUAAUUGUUAAUACAAAAAGACUAUUAGAGAACA